AUGGAAAUAGCAAUCGAAGACGAAGAAGACGAACAGCAACAACAACCGAAAAGAAUCAAGGCGUCGCACUCUACAGAAACGUCUGAAGACCCUCUGUCGAUUCCUACCCUUCUGCCUGAGAUCAUUAUUGAAAUCCUCUCGAGACUUCCCGUUGAAUCACUCUUGCGAUGUAAGUCCGUUUGCAAAUUAUGGCGCUCUAUGAUAUCGGAUUCUCAUUUCGUCAAAUCUCAUCUCGCUUUGUCAACUAGCAACAAUCGUUACACACAUCAUCGAUUGAUUUUACAUACUUCACCAAGAAUAAAUCUCAAGAGCAGUCCUCUCUAUGAUGUGCUGUAUGCUGAAUCCGUUAAUCUCCUAGAGCAUGAUUAUCCUUUGAAACAUCCUUAUAAAUCAAUUUGGAUCGCCGGUUCUUGCAAUGGAUUAUUAUUCAUAGCUGUUGAGGACGAUGAUUUGUUUCUUUGGAACCCUGGUACUCGAAAAUCGAACAGAUUACCAGAUGUUGGUUUCAAUGUGCGAUCGGGUAGCUACGUGUUAUAUGGUUUUGGGUAUGAUGAGUCUAAGGAUGAUUACAAAGUUGUUGGAAUAUCUUGUGUUUUCAUAAGUGGAGGCAAUUAUAAUAUAAGAGUGAAAAUAUACUCAAUGAAAUUUGGAAAUUGGAAGAACAUCGGUGCUUUUCCUCAUGGUAUCCCGUUGGAUGAUUCUGGAAAGCUUUCAAAUGGAGCUCUUCAUUGGGCCGCUAGUCAAGAUUUUGGGUCAUUUUAUUCUUGGAGGAUAAUUUCUCUUGAUUUAGCAAAGGAGACAUAUGGAGAAAUUUUGCAACCUGUGUAUGAUGAAGAUGUAUGGGUGAUGAAGGUUUAUGGGGUGAAAGAUUCUUGGACUAAAUUGGUUUCAAUCCCAUAUCUCACUGAUCCUGGGAGGGAUCAAUUUUCAAGAUUCACAACAUUGAUGAAUGUCAUGAAGCUUAUACCUUUGUUGAGAGCCUGGUUUCACCAGAAGCCCCCAUCAGGUCUUGGAGAUAACAAUCAGGGUGGAAAUCUUAUCAAGGAGCUUGUGGAUUCUUUAGUAUCUAUGUUUUCCAGGUUCAUGUGAGAAUUGUUUUACCUGUUUUGGAUGUGUGUUUGGUUGUUUCGAAUAAACAUGUUAUGCAGAUUAUGUUGAUAUAUCUAUCUAUCGUAAUUAUGGUAAAACUUGUUUAUUUAACUGUGUCACAAUGAUGAUGAA